AUGGCUCCCGCCUCCCGCCUCCUUACGCUCGCCGUCGUCAUCGUGACGUGGGCGGGCGGCAGCAAAAGCAGUAGCAUCGCCGCUCCCCCCAGGUGGCAUCUGGCCGACACAUACGAUGCCUCCAACUUCUUCACAAAGUUCGACUUCUUCACGGACAAGUCGGGAGACGCAGGAUACUCCGUGUUCCAGAAUGAAUCAGAGGCCUUUAGAAAGGGGCUGGUUGCCUACCAGGACGACCAGGUCUACAUUGGUCCCGACCACAGGACCGUCCUCAAAGGCGCCUGCGAGCCUGACAGCAGCCCCGGACGUGAUAGCGUGAGGAUUGAGUCCAAAGCGCGCUACAACCAUGGCCUCGUCAUCGCCAGAUUCACCCACACGCCUCAGAUGAAAUGCGGUCUCUGGCCUGCCUUCUGGACAUACGGCAACAACUGGCCCAGAGACGGCGAGAUAGACCUUCUCGAAGGCUACAAUCUAAAUAGCUGGAACCAGCCCACCUUUCGCGUAGCCGAGACGGCAAGAAGCGGCAGGUGUAAGAUGGAUGGAGCUGACCAGGCCGCCUAUGUGCACUCCGGCUCAUGCGACGAAGUCGCGUCGCGAGGCAACGGCUGCUCGGCGGUCGAAGCAGCUGGCUUGACUGAGCCCAACGCCGGCAGUGUCUACGCCAUGGAAUGGACCAGCGAAUUCAUAAAGAUCUACAGGUGGCGAUAUGAUCUAGCACCGCGCAACGUAGACGACGACUCUCCCGAUACCUCGGCCUGGGGGCGCCCCCUAGUGUAUCUCAAGAACAAAGACUGCAACAUCGAUCGUCACUUUGCCAACCAGAGGAUCGUCCUGGACCUCGACUUUUGCGGCAACCCGGCCGGCAUGCCCGACAUCUGGAACGGUGAUUGUCGGAGGGCCACCCGCGAGACCAACUGUGUCGACUACGUCGCCAAGAACCCGGGCGUCUUUCGUGAGUCGUACUUUAAGAUCAAGGAUAUUCGCUACUUUCAGGAUAAACCAAAGCCCCGCACCACAACUCCCACCUCGUCGAGCACCCUCUCGAUUGCGACUCCUACGAAGACCGUCUUGCCGACAACUACCCCCGUGCGCUGCUUCUUCGAUGCGCCCUCUGGCUGCGACUCCGAGCUUGGGUCGGGAGUUUACUUCGUCGAGUCUUCUAUCGCCUGGCUCAUCGGCUACGCCCUUGAGGGCCAAACCUCUAGGUUCUACCUCUUCGACUGGCUCUGCGACUACGACUUCUCGCAUGCCUCCGGAACAUCCGGCUCCCGCUAUUUUGAUCAUGCCCCCUUCCCCCAACUCUGCUAUAUUCUCCCCCUCUACGAAGAUUGA